AUGGCAAGUAAAGCUCCUUGGAUGCUCAGUCUCCUAGUCCUAGCUGCCUUGUCCGCCGGCAAGAUCCAGUGCUCAAAACCUACCCGCCAUCCCAUCCCGUUCAACCGGAGUAGCUUUCCGGCUGGUUUCAUAUUUGGAGCUGGUUCCGCUGCUUAUCAGUCUGAAGGAGCAGCCUUGACAAAUGGUAGGGGACCUAGUAUAUGGGACUCUUUCCCCAGGGAACAUCCAGAAAAAAUUGCGGAUGGUAGCAAUGGAGACGUUGCGGAUGACUUUUAUCAUUGUUAUAAGGAGGACAUAAAACUGAUGAAAAGAAUUGGAUUAGACUCCUUCAGGUUUUCUAUCUCUUGGUCCAGAAUAUUACCGAAGGGCAAAUUAAGUAGGGGAGUGAACUCACAAGGUGUCAAAUUCUACAACAAUCUCAUCAAUGAGCUCCUGUCCAAUGGCAUCAAGCCCUUUGUGACUCUCCUCCAUUUUGAUAUUCCUCAAGCACUUGUAGAUGAAUAUGGUGGAUUCUUAAGUCCAAAGAUAGUGAAGGACUACCUGGAAUAUGCAGAUUUUUGCUUCAAAACUUUUGGUGAUCGAGUCAAGCUCUGGGUUACAAUGAAUGAACCAAAUGGAUUAAGCAUCAAUGGAUACAAUGGUGGUGGCUUUGCACCCGGAAGAUGUUCUAAGUACGUUGGAAAUUGCACGGCUGGUAACUCCGCCAUUGAACCUUAUAUUGUUGCCCACAACUCACUUCUUGCUCAUGGAGCCGCUGUGAAAUUGUACAAGCACAAGUACCAGCCAUAUCAAAAGGGGAAGAUUGGGAUUACAUUGAUUACCCCCUGGUUUGAGCCAAAAUACCAAACAUCUGCUAGCCGCAAGGCCGCCUCUAGAUCCCUUGAUUUUUUGUUCGGAUGGUUUGCUCAUCCGAUUACAUAUGGUGACUAUCCUCAGAGCAUGAAAUCUUUGGUGGGUAAUCGACUGCCAAAAUUUAAUGCAGCUCAAUCCAAGUUCCUAAAAGGGUCCCUGGAUUUUCUUGGCAUAAACUACUAUACCGCAUAUUAUGCAGAAAGUGAUCCCUCAUCCAAUAGUGUCAACAUCAGCUAUGAAACAGACAGAAAAGUCACUCUCUCUACUGAAAAAAAUGGGACUCCUAUUGGUGCAUCGACUGCUUUGAGCUGGCUUUUCAUCUAUCCUAAGGGACUCCAAAAGCUUAUGGUAUAUAUAAAAGAACAAUACAACAAUCCCGUUAUAUACAUAACGGAGAACGGAGUACCUGAUGCAAAUAAUAGCUCUUUACCAAUUAAAGAUGCCCGCAAAGAUGGUUUGAGGAUAAGAUACCUUCACGGCCAUUUAUUAUAUCUUUCAAAAGCUAUCAAGGAGGGCGUAAAUGUGAAGGCAUACUAUGUGUGGUCAUUUUUUGAUGACUUUGAAUGGGAUUCCGGCUACACUGUCCGAUUUGGCCUCACUUUCAUAGAUUUUAAAGACAACUUGAGAAGAUACCUCAAGUACUCUGCCUAUUGGUUCAAGAUGUUUCUCCUAAACUAAGCUGUGAAAAUGGGACAAGGAUCUUUGCAAUUAAGUUGCCUGAAUUGCAUGUAAUUUGAAUAAUUCAAUAAGUCCCGCACCUCUUCUAUGAGGAGCUAUCUGAAUUACGUGUAAUUCAAAUAACUAAUUGCAGAAGAUCUCAAACUAUGAAAAUAUGUAUUCCUCCUAAAAUAAGGUGUAAGCAUGAGAAAGUGAAGUCAAUAAGAGAAAAUCGUC